GAAGUGGCGAUGGCGAUACGAAACGCGACAAGAGGGGCACGCAUAUGUACAUAGAGAUUUGGUCGUGGUCGCGCGGCAGUCGUCAUCGUCAUCGUCGACAUCGCCGUUGUUUGCACGCCGAUCUCGAUUUUGACAGCGAAUUCGUUGACGAAUCGACGAAUCUCGAAGCGAACUGUGGCGAGCCGAAAGAUUCAUAGGAGAAAACGAGCCGUAUAAAGGAAAUCGUUGCGAAGGGGGGGAAGACCGAUCCAUUUCCGCGCAAAACGGGGAACAGUGAAGGCGUUUGUAUGUAUUCUUUAUUUCAUUGUUUACCAAACUGAAGCUGAUGCACUCGACCCACGCAACAGACGACCGAGUCGCGACAGACGACGGAAAGGAAGUGGAAGAACCGUUUCGACAACGCGGCACGCGCGCGCUUUUUUCCGGGUACGAUUUACGCGUGUGAGUGCGCCGUACACAUUCUCUCCGUGACGUCGCUCCAAUCGGAUCUGUGGAACGCGACGCUACGGAGAACGGGAAACAAUUUCCUUUCGUUCUGAUUCGCCGUUGCGUUACGACCUUACGACAGUGCUGCCAUCACACUCAAAGAUAAGGGAUAGCGCCGAGGCCGAGGUCGAGCAAGUGCGAAAACACGUACGCUUCACCAUAAACGAGGGCUGCGCACUGGUGAGUGCGCAAUGGGAUGGUGGGGAUAGAAAAUGUGACGCCGGAGAGGUCGGUGUCGGUAAACGUGAACGCAACGCGACGGUCGCGGAGGGAUCAUUGUAGUUGCACGAGUGUAGCGCGCCGCACGGGACAGGACAGAGACAGAGCCAUAGAGAAGGAGUUACGAACAAGAGUGAUAGCGUUAUUCGAGAAGAAAGGAGUAAACGUUCGACGGUGAAACCGAGUGAGAACGAGUGCAUUAGCAAGGGUCGUGAGGAGAAGGAAGGGAUCUCCGUCAAAAUGUCGCUGAAAACACCAACGCGGAUACAUUGAUUGCUUUCCGUCAUUUAACAGGGGGUUUCUGGUGAAGCUGAUUACCUGAAACAUUAAAAAUAUGGUAUCGACUCGUCAGUCGAGUAACAUGGGAGGAAGUAAUGGGGGUGGACCAGUUGCCGAAGUUGCAGAUACUAGUUCAUCGAGAAGAAAUCAGUCUGUAACGAUGGCUAGUUCGUACAGUGGAGCUACAGUUUCGGAUCCACCCACCUAUAGUAAUUUAAAUCUUCUGGACUUACCUGUUGAAAUUCUUGAAAAGAUUUUCAGCUAUUUGGAUUACAAUACUGUAGCUCAUUUACGUCCAGUAUGCCAUCAAAUGGAUCGUGCCUGUGGUUCAAUAUUAAACUCCACAUUUCAAAAGCUUCAAGCACAAAUGUUAAGUCGUUUUCAUGCAAUUAAAGCACAGAUGCCAAGACGCGAAUCAGCACGUCGUAAUCAUCCGCUAGCUUGUGAGUCGGACAUAAUUGAAACCCUUCACAUGAGACUUACUUUGCUGCAGAUGAGUUUUGGCAAGCACAUUGAACGAAAACAUUGUUGUUUCUUUCCUGGCGAGAUUUUAGAUGAAGUUUAUCGUAUUUUACAUUACAUAAAGGUUAGUCAAAAAUUAGCCAGGCCGUACAAAGUUACAGAUGAGUUAUUUGAUUUAAGUACUAUGGCUAUGGAGUACUUUAAAGAACGUAUAGAACCAACACUACCAGAAAUUCCAUACUUUGGAGCCGAUUUCUUAGAUCUUGCUGGAACGUUCUCCUCAUCUAGUAAUGUGAACAAGCCGUUUAUAUGUCUGGACACAACACCUAUGGCUGUUGGAAGUGGUAAAGCUGGAAGCAAUAGUGGAGAAGAAGGUUCUCCUCCACAUUCUUCAGACGAUCCUGUACUUCUGGAGUCCAAUGUAUCACCGCCACAAUCGAAUAUGGUGUUACGGAAACGAAUUCGUAAGAUCAAGCAAGGCAUGAAGCGGUACAAUAGUCAGUUAACAUUAAUGCGUAGAGACCUGAGGAGUUGUAAAGCGAAAAUAGCAGAGCAACAGAAACAGAUUGUGGAAUACGCUACGCGUCUCGAUGAGAACGAUAAGAAGAACGAGGAGACUUCCCGCAAAUUUAGCACACUCCUACAGGAAUUGAACAAAUGUAAAACAGAGCUUCAGUACUGGCGAUCCAAAUCCCCAGCGAUACCAGUGUGCGUGGUUUGUGGCCAAUCUAUGUUGGUACCGUCGGAGGACGUACCGGUUCAAAGUAACCAAGGUGUCGCGCCUGAGACAGUGAAUGAAGAAUUAGACUUCAUUCCCAUAGCAGACUCUCAGAGUCCUACCGAGGUGGCUCCUCAACCACCACUCACACAGCCUUCACCGCCGCCGUCGACAGAGGAAAUGGCACCACCGAAGGCUCCCGUGCCUUCGUUAUCCAUAAAACGGAAAUCUACAUCGGAAGAAACACCUAGCGACGCCGGGAAAAAACCUCGUCGUACUGCCAAGUCACGUCAGGUCAAACGUUCGAAGAUAUAAAUCGAUUCUGAUCAUGGUACAAAAAUAUUAAAAUCUAACAUCCUUGCUGAGUUUCCGGAAUAUAAAAGGUCUCCCGGUUCGAAGCGGCGCGUGUUCCUUCACGUUAGCGAGCGAACGAUCUUAGAAAAGUACAAAAUUCUUUCCUGAACGUCCUGCAUUUCGCGCAACGAACCUCGUUUUUGAAAAUUAUAGUCACGUCGGUUGCCGCGCGAUGGGGAUUGACGCGUUUAAUUUUCCUAUUUUUAUUACGGACGGAUUCGUUACGCACGGUGACAUCUACAAAUAUUCUAAAUGAUAGCUGAUCGUUUCUAGCUCGCUCGUGAAGCAACACGGCAGAGCGAGAUCAUUUUUUUUUUUCACGGGAGUCCUUUUGAUUAUUGUUUUUCACGAUGGUAUACACAAGGAAAACGAAAGCGUUAAAAUUUAUGUGAUACUUUCAAUUUAUAUCAAGUUGUAGAGCAGAUCAAACAUCGUGACGGUGAUGAUAUACAGACCACUCACGUUCUGUAUCUCUUGAAUGUAAACAAUGCACUGAUUUACCAUUUAUCCUAAACAUUUCUGAAGUGUCUUUUUUUUUUGUUUUUCUUUUCUUUUUCUUUUUACUGUAACGACUUUUCUGUUCGAUACGUCUGAUUUGUGAACUUGAAUUACAUGCCGAUUAGACAAUACAGAACCACAUGUAUAAAUACGAUAUUAGGUACACCCAAUAGUUUUUGCCGAUUUUUGUUAGUCGUAAUUCUUGGAAAUUGUAUAAAAACAAAUAUAAAUACAUGUAAAAACAUACGAAAAACAUAUUAUUUAAAUAUGUUUUUUUAUAAUUUUUUACAUAAAAAACGGCGAUAACUGUUUAGGGUACUUAAUAUUCGGUAAUCAAGCGGGACAAAGGUCUUCGUAUUAAACACGGUUACAAUUGAAGUUUGAUGUUUGAAAUUUCUGAAGAAAUCGAUCGAUUAAAUGAAAUAAUCAUUGCACGUGGUUAUUGUUGUUCCCUGUGUAGAUAGGGGGCGAUGGUCUUGUCUUUGAAGAAGUUUUUCUUUAAAAUUUCGAGCGGACAUUCGACAUGUUUCUAGCAAAUUUUAUUUUACAGUAUCAAUAAAUAAGUACCUGAGGGGACUGACCGGGGCUAGUUCGCGCAGGUACUCCAAUGUUCAUCAAUAUUCAUAUCAAUUUUAUAAUUUACCUAAAUCUGCUCAAUUCAGAGAAUGGAAGAAUCAUUUACCCUUGUAAUGGUUUGUGUAUACCACUUAUGCUACCAUGAAUUUGAUUACAGAUAAUGGAUAGCGAAAAAUGUUAUGAAUUGUAUCGGUUCUUGAAUUAUAACACGUAGCGUCGACUUAUUUUUCUGAUCAUCGUUACAUGAAUUUAUAAUGACUUUAAAAACAUGGGAAAUAAACUACUACAUAGUAAAGCAGCUCACCAUGAUGAAAUCAAAAACACUUCUAACGACAUAAAGUUCUUUGAGCCUUAAAAAUGCGAUGUUGGGGAGAAAGUGGAUUGUAAACGUGAACAAAAUAUGCGUUAAAUACAUUGAAGGGUGUUAUUUUGUUUCUAACACGUCAUCCAUUUGAAUGGGCGAUUGUCUCGCAGGAUGGCGUAUAUUGCAAUAUUAAUAGCGCUAGGAAAUUAUUUAUAGGAUCAAUUUAUUUAUAGGAAAAUGAUUGUCAGAUUAUUUUAAUGAAAAUAAAUUUGAACACUUCAAUUUUGUAAUUUAUCAAUCACGUUGAUUAAAGAUUGACUGAUUCCGCCACCACGUAUGCAAAGGAAACGAGAUGUAGGAAACAAUUGAACGUAUUAUUUAAUUAUACCGAUUUGAAUAAUUAAAUCUGAAUCAUAUAAUUUUCUUUUUGUAAAAAUCGGACAGAUUACCCUGCGCGAUGCUCGAUGAUCGGUCUGUGUAGAUUCAAUUAUUUGGUUUGCACCAAUCCUAAUUAAUCGUGGAGAUGCAUAGUUCGAAAUAUUGUGAGUUAUUAUUCAUGAUUCUAGUAAUAAAUAUAAAGGAUACUGAUAAUAAGUAAAUGAUACUUUAUUAUAAAUAUAUAAAUAUAAAUAGUAUAUACAUACGUAUAUACAUAUAUAUGUAUAUAUGUAUGUAUGUAUAAGUGCGGUAACUUGCCAGGACAUGCAUACCACACGGAGCACUUUAGUUUAAACUUUAAUGGAACAAUAAGAUAUAAUAAUUAAUGAUGAAAUAAUUAUAUAUAUAUAUAUAUAUAUGCAUAUAUAUAAUUUUUUAUCGAUGUCGAAAAUUAAUUAGGUGAUGAAAUAAAAACUAAUGAGCAGUCGGUGAAAAAGAAAGAAAACGUGUACGUCGCAACACACGAUGUAUGAGAGUAAUGAGCGAGUCUUAACGAGCGUGUGAUAUUUAAAUGAAAAUGAGAAGAAAAAAACACUAAAUUCAAACUUAAUGAGAAUUUACGAUGUGAUGCUUUAUCGAUUUAACUGCGGGAAAGUGACCUUUAUUCAAAUAAACUACAUGUGGGGCGUUUCUGGCUACGAAAACGAUGUAUGAAUUUUACUUAUUGUUAUGUUGAAUAGGAUUGCGGGGGCGGGCGUAAUUGUAUCGCCGUGUCGGAAAUUUCGAAAUGCUUUUGCAUUGCAUGCUUAUAGCGAAUGCGUUCUGACAGAUUGAGCAAAAAGAAACAAAAUACAGACGAACGAACAACAAUUAUGUCAAAGUGGAAAUAUAUACUUGUAAAUGGGAUUCCUCUUACACGAGUGUAUCUAGGCCCCUGAGAUGUAACAGCAUCCUGUAUACAAACUUUUAACGAUUGUA